AUGUUGGACAUCGAAGCCCAGAAACCCCCCAGGGAGAAAUGGGCAACGCCACCAUUUGACCCACGCUUCCCCAACCAGAACCAGACCCGUAACUGCUACCAGAACUUUCUGGACUAUCACCGCUGCUUGAAGAGCAUGAACCGCCGCGGGAAGAGCACGCAACCCUGCGAGUAUUAUUUCCGCGUGUUCCACUCGCUGUGCCCCAUCAGCUGGGUGCAGCAUUGGAACGAGCAGAUCAGGAAUGGGACUUUCGCGGGCAAGAUAUGA